AGCGAGCAAAUGACAAGGCGACAUACCGAAUGCCAAACGUGUGUGGAAACUGGUCGAGUAUAUUGCCUGUAUAUCUUAAGCACUGAACUACUAGCGAGCAAAGAUAUCAAGUUUCUUCUGUCUCCAAACGAGAAAGGCUUCAGAUUGAAGCAAAACAGACUUUAUUUAACGGCGAUAUUGCCGAGCGUGGGUACGAUUGAAGAGGUGGUAAUGUAAAGUGGUUGACAGUUAGUGACUGUUCUAUUAUAAUUCAAUUUACAUAGAUUGGAGCUCGGUAGUUAACCGUUCUGUUCAUACAGUCCAAGCGUAGUAUACUGCCAUUGAUAACUCAGGCGUAUGAUUAUAAUUGUGCGUUCACUGUGAGGGUUGUAGUGUCACAAGUUGUUUUCGUUACGCGCUGGUAAGCAGUGGCUCAAGAGUACUACUUAAACUUUGAUGGGAUUAUUAUUGUGUUGGCAUUAAAGAAGAAAAAUGCAGUGUAGUGCUACAACUCUGGUUUUGACGCUUCUUAGUAUGUCAGGCAGCAUCAUGUACAUUGCAUGUGGGUACAUGGCUCUUGAACAGACUCUCGCACUUUUCAAAGAAUAUGGGCCACUAAAAGAUAGGGGUAACCCCGCCUUGGACCCUCCACCAGUCUACAUAUACAAUGCCCAAACCGGGAUCUACGGCCCUAUGAACUACAACCAGAGAGGAAAUUUAGUUCCACAAGUGUUCGCUGGUAUACAAUAUUACCUCAUAGCCCUCGGCGUCUUCAUGCUUAUUAACUGCACCGUCUUCAUGGUGGAUUCAGUGAGGAGUAAAAAAGCAGUCAAGGACCGAACUUAUCAGGGGAAAAGAACUGGUCUUUCCCGCAUCAGUUGUACAGGAUGGUUAGCCAGUUACUCUGCUUUUCUGGCGCUUAUGUGGUUUGUGAUGGCCUGCUUUGGUGUAAUACCACUACUCGAAUUUCGAAUCACCAUGCAGCGCUGUUGGGACUUAGCUAACCCGAACUGGAGCCCUGGAACCGCUCAAAGAAUUUGUAUUGAUCUGGUGCAGUAUGGGUUGGUGUUCUUUAAAGAGACACAAGACACUGGCUACGGGUUGAUAUGUGGACCAAGUAACAAUCUGCUUUACCCUGAUGGGAAUUUGGAAGGAUUUUGUGCCAAUUAUUAUCCUGUGUUCACCCUGUACGUCGUGUCAUUUGCCGGUGCUGCUAUUACUAUGAUGAGUAUGAUUUUGUUCGCCCUACGUCACGCGUCCAACUUUGUAUACCUCAAAGUCCGUCGAUGGGAAAAUCCCCUUGGUCCCCCUGGAGGUAAAAAAGCCCCAAAAGGACCCCACCCCCAUGGGUAUGACGACCGCCCAUACACUACCAACAGUCUACAGAACCCUAAUUACGAGCACAACGUACUGCUGGUAGACCCGGAUCGUAUGCCAGAUGACAUUAGCCUUAACCCGUAUAGCUUGCAGCCAGGCGAUGACGUGAUGGAUAUGAAGCAACGAUACUUUGACCGGGCGGACGGUGACCACAGGGCCUAUGAUAAACGGCGUUCCAGCCGAAGUUCAUCGUCUUACGCGGACGAGAAACCGCUCACGUACGACUCCAAGCGACGAUCUCGUCGUCGUAGUCACGAUAGCCGUGAAACUCCACGACGUAGACGCAGUGACGUCAGCGACGAAUCAUAUGAUCACGGCUCACGACACCCAACAAGUCGAAGCCAUCGAGGAUCGAAAUCACGUGAUCUCUCUACCGCAAGCGAAAACGGUGACGUCAUGAAAGGCACGGGAUCAAGCGACGAAUACGAGCGCUCUAGCGCCCCAUACCGACCGAAACCUUUGCGACGGAAAUCAAAGGGCGCGAAGAGCAACCCAGAGAUUUACAAGCAGUCCAGUCGUCGUCGGAAAAGGUCAAGUCAUAGAAGAGACGAGUCCGAUUCCCCUCCCAGCGAUUAUUACUUACAGGAAGAUUUAAAACGCCGCAGUUCGACUUUCAACGAUAGAAGCAGAAGUGUCGUAUAACGACAACCCCGCAGUCAAACACAAACGAUAAUUAUGUUUGAAUAUCUCAUUCGAAACACAACAUUAUUUCAAGCUACAGCGCACAGUAUUAUAUCUGAGCACCCAUUUCAACCAAGCGCGUACAAUUCUGGUUUUGUAUAUCCUUCGCAUGAUUUUAGUAAACGUUUCACGUUACAGUGUGUUUCCUACCAUGCCGUAUUCGCAUUCGCAAUGAAAGAUAUGUACAAAAUAAUUCAUUCCGCUUCGUAAUUAAACAAAGACAAUGAA